GAGGAGGAGAAGGAGGAGGUUUUCAGUUUAACACACUUUGGCGUUGUCGAGUCCCACAAAAGAACAGACGAGCAACCGGUGGAGAGCGACGAGAACUGUAACAAUUUCAACGUUCUAACAAUGGAACGCCGCGGCGCUGGAACGUUUGUUUUGUUCGGGGAGCCCGCUUAAAAUACACGCCGACGCUCGGAGGAGUUUUCAAACGGCGAAUGUAAAAAUUGUGUUCGAAGCAGCUGAGUGUGCAUAUUCUUGGAUACGGUUAUACCGAGAGGAAACGGGGGGGAAAAACCCGUCGGAAGAAUAACGGCAAUGUGCGGCCGCCGUUUGCAUUCCGCGACGAGAAGUUCGGGAAAAGAUGAAACGGGAAAGUUCGUUUUAAAACGCGAGUGUCACUAACCGAUGCGGUUCUUCGGAGCUCUUUUGCUUUGGAAGCGUCGUGUUAUAAUGCUACCGUCUUCUGCUGUGGAUUUAUAACGUUAUCCGUCGCUCCUGUGCGUUCUGUGACCGCGACGCUGCCACGAGAAGAUGGUUCAUUUUCAUAAAGGUCAUUGCGCGUCGGGAGUUGCUUAUAUCGCGUUUGCUCGGACUUGUGUGUGGUUUUGGUUGAACUGAUCGUUGAUGGCUGUUUCUGUUCGGAUUUACCGUCCACCGGCUGAUCAGGGGGGAUCGAUCCGGCUGAUUCGCCCUUUCCAGCAUCUACAGGAGGAGGACGACCUCGGGACGCAAGAGUGCCUGGUGGUUUUGGACCUGGACAGUUCUGAAGCUUUCGCGUCUGGACCUGGAUUAUAAAGCCCCGCUCCCUGGAAACCGUCCGCGUCUUGUGUCCUGUAUGCCUGCGGGAGGGUUUCGCAGGCAGGGAUGCAGUUGAAUCGACCCAAGAGCGCGCAUCUCAUCAGCUCCAGCCCGCACAGUUCGUCCUCCUAUUCCAGCCAGUUCAAAAGCAUGCGCUUCUCGUACCACAUCAGCAGCGGUCUGCCCAGUCCGCAGCCUGCCCUGCGCAGAUCAGGCCCCUGCCUCGGAGCCCACGAGACCCCACAGCGCCUCUGCUCUGACCCUGGACCCCUGGAAGCACAGCACUGCAAUGGCACAAGUGAGAACGGACCUCAGGACGUCCCGCCUCCACCCCCUAAAACACGCCCACCUUUACCUGGGCCGAAGCCUCAAGUGCCCCCGAAACCCCCUCAUCUCCAGCAGCAGAACGCUCGACGGCCACGCCCCCCGGACAAGCCCCUCCCGCCUCCGCCCUCCCGCCCGCUCCCAGCCGACCCCCGCCAAUCACGAGCCACCUUACCGAGAGCAGAGGGAAGCUCCUCCCCCACUUGUGUCCUCUCGCUCAUCGAGAAGUUUGAGAGGGAGCAGAUUAUCGUGGUACCAGAUAUCACCGGGGGAGUGAUGUGUACCCCACGGGUCCCUGAACAGCAGGCCGCCUCUGGGUCGUUCAGCCCUCCACCCUCGGAGUUCAUCCUGCCCUGCACGUCCCUUCAGGAACCGCUAGAGGCGCCGCUGGCCGAGGAGGAGGUCGAGAAAGAAGAAAAGGAGGAGGAAGACGAGGUGGACGAAACCGAGGAGGAUGACAGUGAACUCGGGGCGUCCUGCUCAGAAAAGCGCCUCUCUAUGGAAUCGGGCUACGGUGCCUCCGAUAAACUGCUGGACACCAUGGAAAUGAGAGACCUCACGGCCAACCAAUCAGAAAUCCCCUCGGAUCGCUUGUCCCUCCCACCGUCACAGAUGGAUGGGAAGCUGGCCAAUAGAGACAGUGGCAUCGACAGCAUCAGCUCGCCCUCACACAGCGAGGAGCUCUGCUUCGUCGGGGAUGAGGAUCGGGUCGGUCACGAGAGGGAGAUUUGCCCCUGCAGCCCAGGGCCCGGGCUGGCUUGCGGCUAUGCCGAGGGGCCCGAAGGAGAUGGGGCCGGCGGUGUGGAGGGAGGCAGAGACUCAGAGGGAGACAGUGAUAUGGAGGAGGGCAGCGGGGAUGAGAGUGAGAUGAACCCCAUGGCCCUUCAACCUCUGCCUAAAGCUGAACGACAGGACUCCACUGAGCUGUCAGUCCAGCAGCGGGUGUUUAACAUUGCUAACGAGCUUCUGCACACGGAGAAAGCUUACGUGUCCAGACUGCACCUCCUGGACCAGGUGUUCUGCGCCCAGCUGAUGGAGGAGGCCCGAGCACGCAGCUCCUUUCCCUGUGAGGUGGUCAUGGGCAUCUUCUCCAACAUCUGCUCCAUCUACUGCUUCCACCAGCAGUUCCUGCUGCCCGCGCUCGAGAAACGCAUGGAGGAAUGGGAUCUGAACCCCCGCAUUGGGGACAUCCUGCAGAAACUGGCGCCUUUCCUGAAGAUGUACGGCGAGUACGUGAAAAAUUUUGACCGGGCCAUGGAGCUGGUGAACACCUGGAUGCAGCGCUCCUCUCAGUUCAAAGCCAUCAUUCAUAACAUCCAGAAAGAGGAGAUGUGUGGGAAUCUUACCCUACAGCACCACAUGUUGGAGCCUGUGCAGAGGAUCCCUCGCUACGAGCUCCUGCUCAAAGACUAUCUGCACCGCCUGCCAGAGGACGCAGACGACUUCAAAGACGCUCAGAAAUCUCUGGAGCUGAUCGCUACAGCGGCGGAGCAUUCAAACGCUGCCAUCAGGAAAAUGGAGCGUAUGAGAAAGCUGUUAAAAGUGUACGAGUUGCUCGGUGGAGAAGAGGACAUUGUUAACCCAACAAAUGAGCUUAUUAAAGAGGGACACAUCCUGAAACUGUCAGCUAAAAACGGAACAUCACAGGAUAGAUACCUCAUUCUGUUUAAUGACAGGUUGUUGUACUGCGUCCCCAAACUGAGGCUGAUUGGACAGAAGUUCGGAGUCCGGGCGCGGAUUGACGUAGACGGCAUGGAGCUGAAGGAGACCAGCAGCAUGAACGUACCGCGAACAUUUCUGGUGUCGGGAAAACAACGCUCGCUAGAACUGCAAGCAAGGACGGAAGAGGAGAAGAGAGAUUGGAUUCAGGCGAUCCAGGCCACUAUACAGAGACACGAACAGACGCUGGAGACCUUUCGUAUGCUCAACUGCUCGUUUCGGGAGGAGGACUUCACUCCUCCAAACUCUCCGAACUGCACAGAGCUUGGAAAGCGAGCACCCACUCCGAUCCGGGAGAAAGAGGUCACACUGUGCAUGAAGUGUCAGGAGCCCUUCAACUCCAUUACCAAAAGACGGCAUCACUGCAAAGCCUGCGGACAUGUGGUGUGUGGGAAGUGUUCGGAGUUCCGCGCCCGUCUGUUGUACGACAACAACCGAGCCAACCGCGUGUGUAUAGACUGCUACACCACGCUCGUGGGAGUGCCGCCCUCUCCGGCCAGUCUGAGCAGCAGCACGCAGAGACGCCGCUCCAUUCUGGAGAAACAGGCCUCCGUGGCAGCUGAGAACAGCGUGUUGUGUAGUUUCCUUCAUCAUAUGGAGAAAGGAAGUGGACGUGGGUGGCAGAAGGCCUGGUUUGUCAUCCCUGACAGUGAGCCACUGGUGCUGUAUAUCUAUGGUGCUCCGCAGGAUGUCAAAGCCCAGCGCAGCAUUCCCCUCAUCGGGUUCGAGGUGUCCCUACCCGAAUCAAGCGACCGUCUAGAACGUCGCAACGCCUUCAAAAUGAGCCAGAGUCAUUUGACCGUUUACUUCAGUGCCGACUGCGAGGAAAUGCAGCGGCGCUGGAUGGAGGUCUUAUCGAGAGCCGGCAGGGGUGAGGAGCUGCAGUCAAACGGGCCGAUAUCCGAGGCCCUCGAGGAGGAAGGGGAGGAGCCAGUACCUACGGGAGAAAGCACAUGAUUGGCUGAAAACACGAUAUCAUUUUGCACACGCAAACUGUACAAAUGUGACCACACCGACAGGAUAUAAUAGACGAAAACACACAUACACUCACACACGCGUAUACCUUCUCUCUUACACACAUCUGUAUUAAUUGUCAGUUUUAAAAUUGCAUGAAAUAUCUACAGGUACGUUUCUCUGUGUAUUGCUCAUCUUGUGUGAGUGACCAGUGUUUGGAACAAUCUGACAAAAGUGCACACACUUUAAAGACCACUUGAUUGCGUGCGUCAACGCUUUCGGCCGCUAGCAGUUUCUACGUUAAAUCGACUGUUUCUGCCAAAUCUCGAGGUGUUGCUGCUGGUUUCUCGACUGAGGAGGCUAUGGUUUCGCGAAGUGAGACGGUUCUGCGGUUUCGGCGGCUGUGUGAAUGAAUGUUUGGCCUGGUUUCAUGAAAGGUUUCGGUGACCUAGAGAGUCCGCAGUGAAGUACCCUAGUUUACAUAACCAGAAGCUGGAGGGGAAUGGCCGAUUUUGUCGGUUUUUAAAUCAGCAAGAGUCAGUAGACUAUGAAUCCUGCCAAUAUUAAUGGCAAUAAUCUGCUUGGUAAGAGGAUCAAGUUCUGGAUUUCACAUUUUGAUUACAUGUAAAACAUCGGCUAUUGCAUUUAGUAGUGGAUUGUGACAGGAUUGGCCACAUGAACUGUUGUUCAGCUAUGCAAGCCUGUAUUUAUCUCAGAAACAUAGUGUACAUGUGUGGUAAUCAGGAACUGCUGGAACAUAGCAGGAAUAUUUAUUAAGCGGGUUUUAACCACUCACAACAGUCAGAAAUAUGUGCUUCCUGUUGACUCCGCGGUCCUUCAGCUCAGAAAACACCAACAAAUUUAGUCUGCCACCUAGUGGACGCUCAUCGUAGUGCUCACAUAUUCUAGGGGUGAAUGUCAGAGAACCUGUCAAGAACAUGUCGACCCAAAUUAAGAACCUUUAUUUGGCAUAUAAGUAAAGUAAUUAAGCAUGUUUUAAUGACCAUUAAGAUUUUUGUUGCACUCUGAUUUAUUAGUACAAAUAUCAUGACUGUAAGGGGAAAUAAAUGAUGUAUUAUUUCAGUUGCCGAUAUUUCAGUAUUUAUAAAGUUUAGUCUUGCACAUCGUACUGUCUUUAAUUUAUGCUGAUUUACAGUAAUGAGAAUCUGAUGAGAACUAUAGAGAAUAAUAGGAAUUAUAAAACAUCUUAGUUGUAAUUAAAACGUCACAAUGUAAAAAUAAAAACUCAAUGGUGCUUAAAAUAAGCAGUUUUUAUUUUAAAUAAAAUUAUUUUUUUAAUCAGUGAAAUAUAUGGAAGCUUGUUUCUGCCAUGGGAUAAAAAAAUUAGUUGGCUUUUUAUCUCCAAUAUAGAGUUAUUUCUUAAAAUUCUUAGUUUAUAUCUUAGAGGCGUGAUUUUAUAUAAGCUCAGAAUUUGGAGAAAAGGCAGAAGAGUGUAACAAAAAGCCUCACAUACCUUAUUUAUUUUUUAGACCAAAAAAUUCAGAACCUACGGCAAUUAUUUUGUAUCGUCAGGUAAAAACUCAAAAUUGCGAUUCCGAAUAAAUUCGCAAUUACCUUUUUGUCUGUUUAUUUAGGAUUCCGUAGAAAUGUGACCUGGACAUGUUUUGUGAGAUUCACACCUAAGACUGCCCCUAUUGCUCCAGCUGUAGGAAAAAAAACAUUUCUGAGGAGGUAAACGUGUGUAACGUGAACGUUUCAAUCAAAGAAACUGACAGGGCUCUCUCUACGGGAUAACAGCGAUUUUAUCCUGUUCUCUGAGUAUGCAUGAGUGAUUUUAUGAAUGCAGGGGUGGCAUUUGAUAAGACUGCAGAUAAUAUGAGGAUUUUAGGUCAUGAGGGUAUGUAUGAAUCGGGCUAGUUUUUAUCAUUGUAAACCCAAUGAUAUCCCUGCCUUAUUUAGAGGGUUUUUUGAUAAAUAUAGAAUAUAUAUAAAUUAAAAAAAAGGCAAAAGUUUUGAUGAGGAUAUCAAACGUUUUCAACCGUGUUGUAUUUGUGUAUGAAAAGUGCAAAAGAUUAAAGGACAAAUUCAUUUGUAAAUAUAACUUAUUCCUCUGAGCCCAGUUUUGUGGGUUAGGUAUUGUCGAUGAGCUUUGGUGUUUGAUCUUUGUUACGUGCAGUUUUAAAUGGACUUCUGAGCAUUGUGGUAAAUCCCGGGGUCAAGAAAAGCUUAGGAUAAGUUCUCUCGUUUCACCACUUUUUCCAGAGAUAGAUAUUAAGUGUUUUAGAAAGAGCUUCAUUUUCAUUUCCUCUUUUGAAUCCAGUUAUUUGCCAAUGUGAACGCCUGAUGACUCAUUGAGAACUGCUUUACCUUUUUUUUUGUGUGUUUGAUAUUGCUUUAAUCUUGCUCUUUGUUGUCGAAGACGUCGCUGGAGCAAGUCAAGGUGAACCAGUCGUCGUGUUUUCCCAGUCCACCAGCCUCCGGCCUGCCUGCCGUUUCCUUCCUCAGAGGUUUUUGAACUGUUGAUGGCAGCGCAUGGCUUCGGGACAGGGCUGUGUGCGUUCACUUCCACAUGUUUACGACUUGUACCGGUCAUUCCCAGAUCCUCAGUUGAGCCUGCCCGUCACUCACUCUUACACACGCACUCAUCUUCCUGCUUCUCUCAGUAUUAUUGUUCUCGAUAUCCUGCCUUACUGAUAUUUUGCGACCUCGUGCUUAUCUUCACAUUUGCUUUUUGCCAAAGUAUACUGCAGAAAAUGUUUUCUGUCACAUUUUUGGUUUCUUUACCUUUUCGUUUUGUUUAAUACCGAUAUUUAUUGUCUUUUUUUUACUCCUUGAGGUAAUUGUAGUGAAGUUAGUAAACUCCGCAGUGAACCAAAUGAUGAACGCUACCAAAUUACAAAAGGGCGAUAUGCUAUGUCCACAUUUGGGAGAAUAUAAGUUAUUUAUUUCUGCGUGCUCCAAGUCCGACAACAAUUGGAAGUCAAUGCAUGAAAUUAGAUUUUUAAUGUUUUAGUUUCUAUUCUUCAUCCCUUAGUCUGUUUGUAAACUAUAAAGGAUAUAUUUCUCUGAAAUCUCACAAGAACUGCAUUAUUCAAAUGAAAUACACUGUGGUUCAUUUUAGCAAGGAUACCUGAACAAUUGUGCAUUUUUAAGCAAAACUAUCUGGCAUUAAGUGUCAUAUAAAGAAACAGAGGUGCUAUUUUAUUGUUUUAUCAAGGGAACAGCUUUGCGUUUAUAAAUAUAUGAUAUGAUGGGAUCAGGAAUUCAGUAUACAUACGUUCAGUGUAUUUGAAAAUAACAGGUUAUAAAAACAGAGUUUCUAGUCUUUAAUAUGGAGCUGAUUGUUCUGUGGCGAGAAUCGUUUGGGAGAAACCGUUACAUCUCUGUGGUGCAGAACAAAUGCAAAAGAAUUAAAUGUUACAUUGUAUAUAUUGUAUAUGCUCAGAUCUGCAUACCAAAAGAUUCCAUGAAUAGCACAGUCUGAUGAUGAUGAUGAUGAUGAUCAUGCAAUCCGUUCCUACACCCGGAUUUUCGACUUGAGGGUUCUGAUCUCGUUCGUGUUUAUAACCUAGUUCUAUUGCACCAAAUUUAUUUUUGCCGUGACGACGAUUACUUUGUUACAUGCCUAACUUUUAAACCCUAUUUAUUAGUUUGGUCAAGCAGGUUUCUUUCGUGUAUGGAAGCAAAAGAGGGCAAUGUUAAGGCAUGGACAGCUGUUUUGCUCGUAGAUGUUAAUGAUUACCUGUCUAGAGAUGAUCUACCAUUCCUUCUCCUCUGCUCUCUGGCAUCAUCGCAGCAUGCCAAACCCUAGGUAUCGGAAUGAGCGCCUCCUGAACUGUUUCUGUCAUUUUUUUUGCUGACUCUUCACGUGAUGUACGUCUGCAACAAAUCAGCAGAGAGGGAUUUGUAAAACAUUGCCAGAUAGCACUACAGCUGAUCUUCUCAAGGACAGUUCAGUCAGUGUUAUUUUGCUCAGAAACACUCUGUAAGAAACCAAGAAAUUGCUGCAUUACGAGCUUUGAUACGUUAGUUUUUUUCAAUCCUAUUAGCCAAACCAUGACACUAUAUGGCACAAGUAUACAUGCUAUUGUUUUCCCUCAUGAAACCUGGUUUAUUGUACACAUAAUGGGUAUUACUGUUAUUUCAAGUACUAUUAUAAUUAUUAUUGUUGAUUAAAUUAGUGGCAGGCCACUGGGUACCAUUGUAUGUUAAUAUCCCAAUGAAAUCUGUGCAAGAUCAUGAAAAUGUUUAUGAAAUAAAGUAAUAAAAGAACAAA